AUGGCUUCUGAUUUUACAGACCUGGGGCCCAUUGGAAACAGACCAGCUCCACCAACGCGAUCAGAUGAGGGAAAACAACAACAAAGAGAAACUCUGAGAAUCAAGGCUCCGGAUGGACUUGAAGUUGUAGAGACAGACAAUAGAAGUGUCAAGUUACGAUGGAAUCAACUCAGUUCGAAUACAGACCAGCACCCUGCUGGCUAUGAGCUUGUCGGCUACCGCCUGGAACAACGUAUACCGUUCGGAUCUCCGCAGCUGUCAGAAUGGAUCUCUGCACAUGGACAGAAUGAAGUGAUAGAACCAACAACAGAGUUCAGAGUUGUUGACCUGACACCUUAUCAGCGAUACCAGAUUUGUGUGAGAUCAGCUCUACUCAACAGUGAGGGUGAUGAUGUCCUCAGUGAGAGAUCUGUGCGGGUUCAUGUUUUGACGAGAAAGCAAUAUCAGCCAUACCGACCAAGAAGUGUCCGGUUGGACGACACCCACGGGUCCCGCAAACUAACCUGGACGGAGCCAAAACCUGCAGAAGAUGUCAGUCCAGAAUCCUACCAGUAUGUUGUUGAGUCGAGCCUACAUGUUGCUGACAACAUUGAAAAUGCAUGGAUGGAAUGCAGCGUAACAACACAACAUGAGUGGAUAGUCAGUGUGGAACAAAGUGGAGACUACCGAUUCCGUGUGUCAACUAACAAUACGGAAAAGAAUGUCCACAGCCUUCCACAAGAAAUGGAACACCCAAGGAUUUACAUCCGCAUUGAAACACCGGCCCAGGUGAGGUUAGAAUUUAGGUUCACUGAAGUACAGUGGCGUUUCCCUGGUCAAUACGAAGGACAGUAUCCUGGGAGCAUCAUCUUUGUCAUCUCCUGUCAUGACCUCAGCAGUCUCCGUGAACUGUGGAUGAACUACAGGCUGGGGAAAGUGAAGAAGUUCAUCCAGUACCUGUUAGCUCGACAUAACGAACUUGACACAGAACUUGAAGUUAAGAUCGAGGAGAAAGAUUUCUACGCCUCCCGCCGACAUCUCCUGCUGACCAGGCCUACCGAUAGGGGGUUCCGAGUGGCGAGACUUGGAGAUGCUCCACCCAGAGGCACAGGGCUGGGCCUUAGUGAGGAUUUCCCCGUCUACUGCAGGCCGACAUCUCACAGGACAACCUGCUCUCAGCUGGACUUUCUGGACCCUGCAGUUCCCAACAAGCAGCUUCACGGACUGGACCAAACCACUGCUGUUGACGACCUGAUGGCCUUGUCACUCUCCGGCGCAGAGGUGUCCUGUCUGUCCUGGACUUCUUAUGAUGACCUGUAUAGCGCUUCAAACUCGGGCGCUUCAAACUCAGGCUCUUUCGACUCGGGCUCCCUAGACUUGGGCUCUAAAAGCUCCAUCCCAUUAAUGGAGCAUGACAAUGAGGCACGGGAAAUGUUGAUACAUAAACAGGAGGAAGAAAUCCAGCGGCUACAGGAGAUUAACAAGACCAUGGCAGAUCAGAUACAGGCACUGACAGCCGAGAACACAAAAAUGUCCAACCAGCUGGCAGAUGUUCCUGAUCUUCGUGAGGAACUCAGAGGAUGGAGGGAGAAAGCUGAGGAAUCUCAGAAAGUUCUAUCGGAACAAGAGCGAGAAAUCCAGCAGCUGCAGGAGACCAAGAAGAGCAUGGCAACUAGAAUAGAGGAACUGCUUCACAGGCUGACUUCUCUACAGCCAGACGAUUCGGAGGAAGCUGGCCUGAAGGAUAUAGCAGAUAACUUGGCUGUUGCAGCAAUGGAGCUAAGAGAAAGUGACGAGGCAUCACAGAAAGUUUUGUCAGAAGCAAGACUACAAAUCCAGCAGGUACAGGAGACCUUCAAGAACGUGGCAGGCACAGUAGAGAAACUGACUCCCCAGGCUUCUUCACUGCCAGAGUUAAAAGUCCUUGGACAGAAACUACAGAGGGUGACAUUUGGCAGAGAGGGAUCAGGGCCAGGACAGUUCAAAAAUCCAUGGGGUGUUGCAGUGUCAGAGAAAGGGGAGAUAUUUCUAGCAGACAAGGAGAACCAGAGAAUCCAAGUCUUCACCCUGCAGGGAACGUUUGUCCGACAGUUCCCAACAGUCGUGUCAGGUGAACAGAAAAUGGACCCACAUGAUGUGGCCCUGGACGGGGAGGGGAACCUGUGGGUGGUGGGGGCGACAGACUCUGCUGACUUUGCUGUGCAGUAUGACAAACAGGGCAGGAUGCUGGGGAAGUUUGACCUACAGAAGACAGGGUGGGGGAGAGGAGUUGCAGUGGACACCAGGAGGAACCACAUCCUCAUCACACAAACCACAGGAGACUGGGACAACCAACACGGUGAAGGUUUGGUGUUCAGGCCAGAUGGAACACUUGUGGGAACUGUGGGUCAGCAGCAGGGGAUGAAGUACCCAUGGUACAUCACUGUGGACGGGAACAUUCUUGUGUCAGACCGGCAGAAUCACUGUGUCUAUGUGUACAACGAGGACGGACAGUUUCUGUUCCAGUUUGGAGGUGAGGGAAGUGGUGAAGGUCAGCUGUGCCGGCCCCGUGGCAUCUGUACAGACAGGGCAGGGAACAUCAUCGUGGCAGACACGGGGAACAGCCGCGUGGAGAUGUUUGACAAGACAGGAAAAUUCCUCAAACACAUCGCUACAGACAUGUGGGCACUUUGGGCUGUUGCCAUGGCAACACAGGGACAGCUGGUAGUAACUGAUUAUGUGGAGCACAAAGUCAGCAUAUUCCAGGACUUCUGAAUCUAAGUGAGGUGAUAAUAAAUUUUAAAGCAACUUCCAACAUAGUCUAAACCAAUAUGUCAGAAUAUCAAUAUUAGCAAAGGAAACUAUCAGAUAGCACAAAAGAAAUACCUUUGAAUAAACUGCCCAAAAUGCCAGCCUAAAGGCCCCUGGCUUAGAACAAACUCUAUACAAACUCAAUACAAAGUGACAUUAUAAAUGAGAUAAAAAGCAAGUUGUCAUUAUACAUUUAUCUUAAUACAAUGUAUUUAAACAAAAUGUACUAGUAUCCACAUACCGGUAGUAGGAAUAAAGCAGCUCUUGUUAAAUAUUGUUUGCUUUGGAGGCAUCCGAGGUUUCCAAGGAAAUAUGUGCCAUGAUCUGUGAGUAGGGUGAGAUAGGG